AUGUCCGCAGAACCUAAGGUCGACGCCGGUGCCAACACCGAGGCGGAGAAGGAUGUUCAGAAUGUCCUGGCCGAGUUGAAGGCGGAAGAUAAAAAGGAGGAAGCCGACGAGGCCUCGAUUGUCGCUGCUGCCGCCGAGCUGGGAAAGAAGUCUGAGAGCGCCGAGGCCAAGGCUGCGGAAUCCCAAUCCCACAGCAAGACCCGUAGCGGUCGCGAUAACCGGAACAACGCCAAGUUUGACCCUAGCUCACAGAAGGAGACAGACGAUCCGGUUGAGAUCCGGAAGCAGGUGGAAUUCUACUUCUCUGAUUCCAAUCUGCCUAUGGACAAAUUCCUGCUUGCCAAGGUUGGCGGCAGUGCCAACCGUUCGAUCCCUCUGAGCACCAUCCACUCUUUCAAGCGUAUGCACCGCUUCCAGCCGUUCAGUGCUAUCGUGGAAGCCCUGAAGACCUCCGAGGUCCUGGAGCUGACCGACAACGACACCGCUGUGCGCCGUAAGGUGCCUCUGCCCGAGACGGUCACCGACUCCCACGAUCCCAGUGUCGUCAAGGUCUUUGAGGACAAGGCCAUGAGCCGUUCGAUCUACGCCAAGGGCUUCGGCUCUGAGGAGGCUAGCACGCAGUUUGACAUUGAGUCCUUUUUCUCCAAGUACGGCCCCACGAACGCGAUCCGUCUCCGCCGGUUCCCCGACAAGACUUUCAAGGGCAGCGUCUUUGUCGAGUUCGACACCGAGGAGACCCAGCAGAAGUUCCUGGCGCUUGAGCCUAAGCCUCAGUGGAAGGGAGAGGACCUGAUCAUCAAGAGCAAGAAGGACUACUGCGACGAGAAGGUUCGGGACAUCGAGGCCGGCCGGAUCAAGCCCUCGGAGCAGCGCACCCGUGGAAACGGCCGAAGCCGGGGCCGCGGUGGCCGCGGUGGCCGUGGUGGUCGCGGCGGUCGUGGCGGUCGCGGCGGGGACCGCAAAGACGACCGCGACUGGCGGGAUCGUCGUGCUGACGACCAGAAGAAGGGCUUCAGCAAUGGGGACGCCCGUCGUGAGGUCCAGAAGGAUGCUCGUGGCGUUCCUGUUAUCCAGAGCACCGCUGACUCGACGUCUGGCCAGAAGCGCGGUCGUGACGAAGAAGGCAACAAGGACCACCCUGCUAAGAAGGUCGAUGCCAAAGAGGCAUAA